CGGUCCGCGCAAGGUCCUAGGAGCAGGGGUACCUGGAAGCGGGGAGCAUGGUAGGGGUCCUUGCCAUGGCGGCGACGGCUGCUCCCACUCCAGUGAAGGACUACGAGAUCGAGCCAUGCAAAAAGCAAAGGAAGGAUGAUGACGGAUCUUCCUAUAGAACAAUUACAAAAUAUUUAUCACCAAUAGGGAAGACUGGAGAUAGAGUUUUCUCGCCACCAAAAUCCAAUAAUAUUCUGGAUUAUUUUAGAAAGACUUCAUCCACAAAUGAGAGGACUCAAUCAAUGAAAGAGUGUAAGAUAAAGUCAUCUGCACCGUUGCCUGUUGACAGUGGCAAGGAUUAUAAAACAUCUUUGGAAAUGUUCUCAAAUGUAGAGUUUAAGAAGAGAGGAAAGAGAGUUAAUUUAUCACAUCAGCUAAAUAAUAUUAAAACUGGACAUGAAUCUCCAAUUGAAAUUAGUAGUGAUGAGAGCAAAGGAGACUCUAGUUUAAAUCAUGACUUUGAAGAAAGUAGUACUUCUGUUUUACUCCACCAGAAACAUGUAGAGGUACUUGCAGAAAGUAUUCAAGAUAUCAAAAACCAGUCAAGCACUAUGAUCUGCAAACAAAAUUCUAAGAAAUUAAAUCCUAAACAAGGCACCACAAAAAAUGAUUGCAAAAAAAUAAGAAAAAGAAAGUACAGAGAAGUAAUAGAUCUCUCCGAAAGUUUAUCCUUGGCAAAGGAACUAAAUCUUAAAAAAGAUGGUAAAGAUAAUAAACAGAUAAUAUCUUCCCUAACUAAUGAAGACAGUACUGCAAAUAAUGCAAACACUAGAGAUAAUGUAGCUAAAAUAGCUCUGUUAAAUGAUAACACAAUAACUGUCUCAUAUGAGGAAUUUUUAAAAAGUCACAAGGAAAACAAAGUGGAACAGAUACCAGACUCUACAAUGGUAAUGUCAGUUUGUGCUCCUGAAACUGUUGGAGAAAUAGUCAAAAGUGGUUGUAUAAGUGAUACAGAAACCUGUGAAAAUUCCCAGCAGGUACACUUUAAGACAGUGACGGUUCUUGCACAAGUUCACCCCGUGCCCCCCAGAAAGACAGGGAAAAUACCCUCAAUUUUCUUGAAACAAAAGCAAAUUGAAAUGGAAAAUAGUCUCUCUGAUACUGAGAGUGAACAGACAAUUCAGAAAAGAAAAUCUAACGUUGUUAUACAGGAAGAAGAGUUAGAGUUGGCAGUGUUGGAAGCUGGGAGUUCUGAAGCUGUGAAACCAAAAUGCACUCUAGAAGAAAGACAGCAGUUUAUGAAAGCAUUUAGGCAGCCAGCAUCAGAUGUACUUAAAAAUGGAGUUAAGAAGUCUUCUGAUAAGCAGAAAGACCUUAAUGAAAAAUCUUUACUUGAAGAAGGAAGAGAGAAUAGUUCUAAAAACAUCAUGGAAAAUCCUAAUAUCCAGAUGAUUUCAAAUAAUGGCAAUUCACAGUCACACACUGAUAAAGGAAGUUUUCCUAAGGAGAAAAGUAAAAAGCUAAAGCAAAAGGGUAAGAAAAUAUUAGAUACUGGGGUUGCACUAGGUGAAAAUGGAGAAGGAAAUACUCAAAAGAAAGAAACAACCUCUUUCUUAAAAGAGAAACAAAAUCAAAAUAAAAUUACAAUGAGUUUAAGGCGAAAGAAAACAGAAGUUUUCAAAAGCAGCACAUUAUUUAACAGUAAAAGUCUUUUGUGUGAAGAUAUAGCAAAGGAUGACCCUUUAAAGAUUUCUUCUCUAUUUAACAACAGUAAGUCAUCAAGAAAAACCAGUAUUCGCGUUAAGGAUGUCAAAAUUAGAGAUUCUAAAGCUGAACCCAAAGACAACUUGGUAAAUGUUUCCACACCCAAAUCAACCAGAAGAUCUGUAAGAGGUAGCAGUACACCUACCACAAUAAUCAUUAGAGGUUCUGAUUUUGAAGAUUCAGAAGAUAAUAGUCCAAUAAAGGCUUCCACUCCAAAAGCAGCCAACUUACCAGGAAAGCGUAACUUAUAUACAGCAGAACUAAUAACGGUACCCUUUGAUUCAGAGAGUCCUAUUAGAAUGAAAUUCACCAGAAUUAGUACUCCCAAAAAAUCUAAGAAAAGAUGUGAGAAAAGAUCUCAGAAAUCUGAAGCAACUGAUGGAGAUUUUAUUUCUCAGACUAGAAAGGCAAGUAAUGCUUCAAAAAACAUAUCAAAAGCAAAACAAUUGAUUGAAAAAGCAAAAGCUAUACACAUUAGUAGGUCAAAGGCUACUGAUGAAAUAACUCCUUUAAGGCGUUCCUCUAGACAUCAGGCGCUUACUGAACGGAAGAAAUUGUCAGAAACAGAAGACUCUGUAAUAAUAAUAGAUUCAAGUCCUACUUCUUUAAAGCAGCCUGAGAAAAAUCAGAAGAAACUUAAGUGUUUGAAUGAUGUGCUAGGAAGAAACCUUAACCAGUCACCUAAAAAUGUACCUGGAAAAAUGAAAGUCGCGCCUUUAUUUCUUGCCAGAAAAGCUCAAAAAACAGCUGAUCCUAUCCUUGGAUUCGAUGAAAGCAGUCAAGAUACAUCUGAAAGAUCUCAGAAUUGUGACGUGCAAUUUAAAGCAAAGCGUGAAUUUUUAAUGAGUGGUUUGCCAGAUUUGUUGAAACGACAGAUUGCAAAGAAAGCAGCUGCCCUGGACGCAUACAAUACAGCAAGUACCCGUUUCCAGAGAGUUGUUCAUAUUCAACAAAAAGAUGAUGAGUGCCGUUUAUGGCAUUUGACACCACCCUCUUGUCCUCUCUUAACUAAAUUUAAAGAACUGAACACUAAAGUAAUAGAUGUCUCAAAAUGUGCUAUUGCUCUUGGUGAAUUUUCAACAUUGAAUUCAAAUUUGAAAAGCAGUAGUUCAGCUGUUGUGUUUAUGGGAACAAGGAAGGAUUUUACUGAAGAAGUAAGGAAUCUUUUGCUGGAGGAGAUUAGGUGGUCAAAUUCUGAAUUUUCUUUGAAAAAUUAUUUCCCUUUGCUUCUGAAAAAACGAACUGAGCACUCAGGACUUUCUGAAUGUCUUGGUAAACAAGAAAGCCCACAACUAGAACCCAACGUUAAUCAAAAAGAAACCAAAAGGAAACGAGUGGAAACCGAAAAUCAUAAGUCAAAAAGAAAGAAACCAAAUGAAUAUUCAGGAAGUCCAAAAAAGACAAGUGGGAAACUUGAAGAACGUGGCAGAAGAAACAACUCCUCUGGGAUAAAGUUAGAUUCUUCCAAAGAUUCUGGAAUUGAAGACAUGCUUUGGACAGAAAAGUAUCAACCUCAGAACUCCAGUGAACUCAUAGGCAAUGAACUAGCCAUAAAAAAGUUACAUAGUUGGUUGAAAGACUGGAAAAGAAGAGCUGAAGUGGAAGAAAGACAAAAUUUGAAGGGAAAAAAGGAUGAGAAACAGGAAGACCCAUCGGACAGCAUAGAUUUUAAAGAAAGUUCAGAUGAUGAAGAGACUCGUCUUUGCAAUACUGUUCUCAUAACAGGGCCAACUGGAGUGGGGAAAACUGCUGCAGUGUACGCCUGCGCUCAUGAGCUUGGAUUUAAGAUAUUUGAAGUGAAUGCCUCUUCUCAGCGCAGUGGUAGACAAAUUUUAUCUCAACUGAAAGAAGCCACUCAGUCCCAUCAAGUAGAUAAGCAAGGUGUGAACUCACAAAAACCUUGUUUUUUCAGUAGCUACAACAUAGGCAGGUCACCAAAAAAAUUGAGCUCCCCUAAGAAAGUUGUUACAUCACCAGGAAAAAUUCCUCCGCCUUCACCAAAAAGUAGUGGACCAAAGCGAGCACUCCCUCCUAAAACUUUGGCAAAUUAUUUUAAAGUGUCUUCUAAACCAAAAAAUAGUGAAGAAAUAGGAGCACUUCAGGAACAUAAUAAAGGAAUCAAAAAGUCUUUUGAACAGAAACAAAUUACUCAGACUAAAUCCACAAAUACAACUGAUUCAAACAGAGAAUUUGGAGUGGAGGAACCCAACAGGAAAAAUGCAACAUCUCUUAUUCUUUUUGAGGAGGUUGAUGUAAUUUUCGACGAAGAUGCUGGGUUUUUGAAUGCAAUCAAAACAUUCAUGGCAACAACUAAAAGACCUGUAAUCCUUACUACAAGUGAUCCAACAUUUAGUUUAAUGUUUGAUGGAUGCUUUGAAGAAAUCAAAUUUAAUACUCCUUCCCUACUUAAUGUUGCCAGCUACCUACAGAUGAUCUGCUUGACCGAGAAUUUUAGAACUGAUGUAAAAGACUUUGUCACCUUUCUAACUGCAAACACUUGUGAUAUCAGAAAAAGUAUCCUUUACUUACAAUUCUGGAUUAAAAGUGGAGGUGGAUUUUUAGAAGAAAGGCCAUUAUCGCUUUGUGGAGGAAAUAGCAGAAAUGUUCAACUAGUUUGCUCUGAAAAUCACCCUGAUUCUAAGGAUAAUCCUAAAAAUACUAAAAAGAAUCCUACAGAUCUUCCCAAAUGUGAUACUGGCUGUGUUGAGACCUUGUUUGGCCUUAAGAACAUUUUUUCCCCAUCCGAAGACGUAUUUUCAUUUUUAAAGCACAAAAUCACAACAAAGGAAGAAUGGCAUAAACUCAUCCAGCUUCUCACAGAAUUCCAAACACGGAAUGUAGAUUUUUUAUACAGUAAUCUUGAAUUUAUUCUACCAUUACCAGUUGAUAUCAUUCCAGAAACAAAAAACCUCUGUGGCUUUUCAGCAACUGUGGGUGCCAGUCCAGCAAUGAAAAGUAUGCGAUGUCUUGCUAGGAACCAUUCUGAAGGAGAGCAGCCAUCAAAAAAGUCACAAAAAAGGAAACAUAAGAAAAAGAUGGUCAUACUAGACGAUAGUGACUUAUUUGACACCGAUUUGGACUUUUCUCAUGAAUUUAUUAGCCAAUCCUCUACCUCUUUUUCAAGUUCAGAAGAAAGCAAAGCCAGAGACAAACAAAGCACACAGGAGACAAAGAAACCAAACAAAUGCUUGGAAUCUAACAUUGAUUCUAUUCCUCAUCCUCCGAAAACACCAGCUGAAAAAAAAUGUUCUGCCCUUGUUUCUCAUUGUUUAAAUUCCCUCACUGAGUUCAUGGAUAACAUGUCCUUCUUAGAUGCUCUUUUAACCAAUGUAAAGGAACAAAAAGGCUUUGGUAAAAAUGACUUUAGUUGGACUAAUGGAAAGGUUAAAAAUGGACUUUGUGAUGAGUUUAGUCUUGAAAGUAGUGACGGCUGGCCUUCUCAAUGCUCUGGAGAAUUAAAGGCAGUUGUAGAAGCUCUCAGCUUUACUAAGUGCUCUUCUGAUAUUUCAAAAGCAUUGGAAACCUCUUUGAAUUCUUGCAAAAGAUUAGGAAGAGAUCCAACCAAAGAUCUUACUCUUUAUGUUUCACAACAGCGUAACGACAUAUACUUUAGUCAGUCAGUGGCUAAUUUAGACAAUGCAUGGAAGAGAAUAGCAGUCAUUAAAAACGUAUUUUCUAGUCGAUCUCUUCUGAACCUGGGUAAUAGACAAGCUGGUAUAAUUGAAUACUUGCCAACUCUUCGAAACAUUUGUAGGACUGAGAAGCUAAAAGAACAAGGAAAAAGUAAAAGAAGGUUCCUGCAUUAUUUUGAAGGAAUUCAUCUUGACAUUCCUAAAGAGACAAUGAACACUUUGGCAGCUGACUUCCCUUAAUAUUCCAUGUCAACGAUGCCUUGUACAGAUUAUUAUGUGGUUCUUAAUAUACAUUUUUAUAUUAUGUUGAUUUUUGUGGAAGAGCUAUGUCUCUUUAAUGUACAUUUAAAACAGACUAAUUGUAUAUUUCUUUAUUAGUGUGCAAAUAUUUAAAAUGAAAAAAUUUGAGUUACCUAUUGCAUAUAUGAUUGUGGUAUUUUCUUUUGGAAUUUUUUGUAUUAUCUGAUUUAACUUUGCUGGAGUAUUUUUAUAUGUGAGUGAGCUGUUUCUAGAAGGUACAGUUCACUAAGAUAUUUCAGUGCUAAACUAAUUUUCUCUCCAAGUAUUGGUGCUCUGUUGAAUUGUAAAUAUGAAUCACCUAGAUGGCAACCUUUUUUAAAAUAAGUUUACAAAAUACAAAAUUACAUAUAUAAUACAUAAGGAAACUUCCUAUGACGAAAAUUAUGCUUGUUUUUCAAAAACGAUCUUCCGGGUAAAUUUUUUAGUAUACUCCUCUAGCAUAUUUUACCAUUGAAUCAUUGACUGUAGACAAAGUGAAAUCAAGAUUUUGAAUUAUAAUUUUCAUAAAUAUUUUUUAGCAACCAUACAGGUGAUCUCUUGUAUAUUUUGCCAACUCAAAUAAUUUGCCUUGUACAUUUUCUUGUAUUUUUAUAUCAUUCAUGUUUUAUUUCACAGAUACUGAUGAUGUUAAUAUAUCUAUCUUGGACAAACUGCUAUUCAUUAAAACUAACAAAAGAGGAUUCUACUAUAGGAUUUCUACAUAAUUGCCAUUUUCACUUAGGACUGUUUUUGGAAAAUAUAUAUUUUUUUAAUUAGAAGAUUUUAAAAUGUCACAUUUCACUUAAAAUUUUGCAAUCAGAUAAUCAGGUGUAUGUUAAAAUAAUUCCCUAUUUCAAGUGUUUGUUUAUAUUAUAUAUUAGCUUAAUAUUCAGAUAUGUUAUCUGGUGAAUUAUAUUUUUCACUCAAAAGGUAAGGAUCCUAAUUUUGUACGGUUUUGAAAAAUAUCUUACCUGUUUUCAGAUGUGUAUGAAGAUGUUUUUAUCUUAUUUGUCCACCCUACUUUUUUUUGUAUUAAUUAGUAUAUUGAUCUAAUUAAAGACUAAAGCUAAAAGGCUUUAUACAGUAUUUAAAUAGGAGUUCUGCUGUAGUCAUCUGGGUAAAUCUGUAUACUUUUUAGGUUUGAAUAUGGGCUCUCUAUCUCAUAAGUUUCAUCCCUAUACAGGAAAGAGAAUCUUCUGAAGUGUAUUUUUUCAAGUAUACUGACUUAUUUUUUUCUACUGAAUACAAGAGUUCCUCCACCUAUAGACCACUUAACUGUUAAUUUGGUCUUUUUUUAUUAGAAAUUUCUGAUCAUUCUCAAUAAUUGAGGAGCCAAAGUAACGUAACUCCAUAGAAUUAAUAAUUAAACUAUCAAAAAUCAAGAAAUAAUGGAGGUAUUUUUCUCACUAACGGGACACACUUAAUAUUUUAUUUUUUAGGUUUAAUAUAAUUUUGGGGCGGGAAUAUCAUUCUUAAAGGUGACAAAUUGCUGUAAUACUUAGAUUCACUUUUAUGAUAAAAGUAACCAAAUCUUGAUGCCCUAGUAUUUCAUAUCUUAUCCUAUAAAUGUCUACAGCUGACAAAUUUUCACUUACAGUUCUUUCCAGAAAUAUGUGGGAGGUUGAAUGCCACAUUUGUGGCAUGAACAACUGGAUGGUUGGUGAACCUAUUUACCAAAAUAGAAAAUAAUAGCAAGGGAGGUGAUUUUGGAGGGAGAGAAAAUGAUUUCCUUUUCAGACGAGUUUGAGAUACCUACAACAUAUCCAAGGUGGAAAUGUUUAUGUAUAUACACUGUAUGUACAAACUUACAUGUGCAUGAUGACACAUCUGAAGUUAUACUAAACUCCUAGCGACUUGGAGGUGAUGGUGAAGGGAGAAAUUCUAUUUAUUACUUUAUACCCAUUGCCUUCAAUUCCAACUCAUAGCGACCCUGUAGGACAGAGUAGAACUGCCCAAAAGGGUUUCCAAGGCUGUAAUCUUUAUGGAAAUAGACUGCCACAUCU